AUCAUGCUGGUAGAUCGUAAAGCGCAGCCCGUCAGGGUUAAGCUUAUUGACUUUGGGUUGGCUCUCCCAUCCAGUUUGGCGAAGCAGGGAUCACAUUGCCAAGUGAAGAUCUACAGGGCUCCGGAAAUAUUUCUGGGACUGCCAUUUUCAGAGUCCAUUGACAUGUGGUCUCUGGGAGUUGUGAUGGCAAGAAUUCUACUUGGUCGUUUGAUCUUCCCUGGAACAUUUGACUAUAACAUACUGCAACACAUAGUGGACUUCCUGGGUGUUCCCUCGGACCAUAUUCUUACUUCUGGGAUGUACUCAAACAAAUACUUUGUGAAAGAACAUUCCAGCAAAUGGAGACUGAAGACAUAUGAGGAGUUUUGGGGUCCUCAGCAAGCCCCUGACAACGGCAGGGUCCCCAGAAUCAACUACCCGGACUGUCUGGAAACGUGCCAGAGGGAGCAACUGAACGUGGUGGAGGUGGCUGAGAAGGAAGAAUGCAUAGAUCUGUUGAAGGCAAUGCUUCGGAUGGAUUCCAACGAGAGGAUUACCCCCAGUCAAGUCCUCGCACAUCCAUUCAUCAGGAGAGGCAACCUUCAACAUAGCUCUGACAGCAUACGUGAAGCCUCGGAUCAACCUCCAAAAACACCCUACAGCACAUCAGUGGAGUAUAAAAGCUGGUUGGGUUCUGACAGCAGCACAAAUACUUCCAGGUGUGGCCUUGGUGCAGCCUGCACCACCUGAGUGGUGCCUGGCGUUGGCGGAGGACAACAGGCAGAGUGAAACAUCU